AUGAUUGUGGAUCACAAAUACAUCCAACCAAAAGUGGUCAUGCACAAUUGUGAUAAACCACAUGGUAUCAAUGUUGGGCCAUUAAUUGAUAAUUUAAAGAAUAAUCUAUCAUGGAUGGUCAGACAACAACAACAACAAUCUAUAGACACACCUAUUUAUAAUCCACAUAGAAUAGAUUUCCCAACAAGAGGUUUAUGUUUAUUGGUUAAAAAAUCGGAUGAAAUACAUAGAUUUAAUCAAUUAUUUAAAGAUAGAACAAUUAAAAAAAGAUAUAGAGUUUUCAUUUAUGAAAAUCAAAAUGAUAAAGAUAAAGAAAUAGAAAAGGAUGGAGAGGAGAAAGAGAAACUACGUGUUGGAAGAUAUAUACAUUAUAUGAAACCAUCAAAAUCAACAAUUAAACAAUUAUCAUUAGAUAAAGUGGAUGGAUGGCAUGAUUGUAUAUUGGAUAUUAUCAGUAUUGGAAAAAUGGAAAUAGUGUGGGACAUAUUCUCAUUUGAACUUUUAUUUUGA